AUGAAAGGUUACCACUCCUUUGUCUGCUUAGGAGUGCCUUUCCACGUACACAGGAGGUAUACAUUCCUUCGAGAGUUGGGCAUCGGCGCUUAUGGAUGCGUAGCUCUCGCACGCGACAGCGUGCUCGACUGCGAUGUUGCGUGAGUUGUUGCUGCAUGAUUUGCACCGGUGCAAUGGCAUGCUGACCCCUGCGUCGGCUGGAUGCGCCCUGCAAUUUCUGCAGGAUAAAGAAGGUUACGCGGGUGUUCGAGCGAGAUGUCUUGGCAAGGCGCGCACUACGAGAAGUGGCAGUGCUUCGACACAUUGGCAUGUGCGGCAACGUCACGGCGCUUUUGGACUUUGACACCAGCUUCAUCGAAUUCAACGAAAUUUAUCUGGUGAUGGAGGCUAGCGAAGCCGAUUUGAGGUGAGUGUCGUUCUCCAUACACCUGUCGCGGACGUUCGAGUCUGACGCUUCUGGCCUACAUCAUCGCAGCCAAAUCAUUCGGUCGGGCCAAACCUUGUCAGACUCGCACCUACAAUACUUUCUUGCUCAACUUCUCCGCGGCGUGCGGUAUAUGCACGCAGCAAACAUUAUCCAUCGCGAUUUGAAGCCCGGCAACCUGUUGGUCAAUGCCGACUGCCAAUUGAAGAUUUGCGACUUUGGCUUGGCACGAGCUCAUGCCGAGCGGCCGGAACGAAGGUCACGAUCUCGUUCGUACAGCACCAGCGCAGAACGUCAGCCUCGAGGUGACCGGGGCAAGGCAGGCACCCCGCCCACUCAGGAUGGCGCUGCUGUGCCAGCUUCCGAAGUUUCAUCUUCAUCCGAUGACAGCCACUCCAAAUCUCUCUCGCCGAUGAAGAGCCCACCGGAUGCUGGGCUAGCGCAGGCUCCUGCGGUGGACACCACCAGGCGGUCAGGCAGAAGUCGGUCCACCAGGCUGUAUUUUCCGGGGGGCCCAUUGACAGAGUACGUUGCAACGCGGUGGUACCGCGCUCCAGAGGUCAUGCUGUGCUUCCGGCGGGGUUAUGGCGCCGAGAUCGAUGUAUGGAGCAUUGGCUGCAUCUUAGCGGAGCUUAUUGCGGGCAAGCCGCUGUUUGCCGGCAAAGACUACGUCGACCAAAUUGCCCGCAUCAACAAUGUCUUGGGCACGCCAACAGAGGCGACCAUCGCCAAAAUCGGAAGUCAGCGUGCGAAAACCUACGUGCAGUCGCUGCCGAAGAUGCCAAAGGUUCCUUUCAGCAACCUUUUCCCCAAGGCAACGCCUUUGGCACUGGAUCUACUUGACCGGAUGCUAACGUGGGAUCCGGACGAGAGGAUCUCGGCAGACGAGGCGCUCAGACACCCAUGGCUGGCAGCUUACCAUCAAUCCAAUGCAGCAUGGACACCUCCAGAGCCUUAUUCGCGCUUCGAUGAAGUCGAAGCUAUCUCCACGAUCACGGAAUUCAGACUCGGGCUUGAACGCGAAGCUGAGGAGAUGCGCGCGGAAUUGCUCGCUCUUGAAGCCGAGGAGCAACGUGAAGAAGAGGAGAGGCUUCUCGCCGAGGCAGAUGGGGCAACGACCACGGAUCAAGGCGAUGACGGGCCCCAGCUCGGUGGCUCUCAGGAUCAGACGCAAAGCGGUGCUUCUCGAGCUGUGGACUCGGACUUGUCCGGCUCCGCCCAAUCCGCUUCUCUUAGAGCGUCGACCGAAGCUCCUUCGCCUUUGCACACUCCGUCGUCAGUGGACAGCUUGGACGCUUACGAGACCGAUCCUACAUCCGCUAGCGCUCCUCAGAGCAUCAAUGGCUCCACGUAUGCUCCAAGCGCAGGUACGCCUCAUUUAGGCUUCAAGAAGACCAGCAAUCAUGUGAGCAGCCACAACAACGAGAGUGGACGCGGCGACUUUGCAGGUGAAGUACGAUUACGCAUGCAGGAGCUCGACGAGAGCUUGGCAUCCCACGCCUUGCUCAAGAAGCCUGCACUUGGUGGUGCAGAGCUCAAUCACGAAACCUAUCGUCGAAGAGCCAUUUCCAAUGCAGCUUGCAUUCCUCGAUCUGCACUCAGAAGAGUUGCGAGCAGCAGAGACGAUAACGACGCAAGCCAGGAUGGCCAGGUUCUGAACGUCCAGUAUCUCGUUCCUUCUGGCGCCCUAUCACGGGUGCCGCCGCCUUCUUUCAUCAAGCAUACGACGGACAUCAUCACGCGAUCCAAGUGGCAGCGAGAGUGUGUAACACCACCGCUCGGCAGCAGCAACGAGCUCGUGAGGAGCGUUGAUGAGCAAUGGCGGGAGCACAGGCUUCGCUGGGCCGCUGCAGAGGCAAGCAUGCUGAGUCAGCGUCCGAAAGACAAGACUCUGGUGCGCCCAAACAGCAGCGAUGGAAGUAGUGAAGGUGGACAUGCACCCUUUCCUAGCAGCGCCAGCCCUCGCGCCUCGGCCUUGGACGCUAGCAUGAUGCUCGAACGGUCGCGCUCUGACAGCGAUAGCCAAAGUCGCGAAGGUAGCGAUUCGACCAUUGGCCACCGAGGUGGUCGAUCGCCAAGCACCCUGCAAGCUUCUCCUGUUCCAGCAUAA